AUGGCCUCCACACCCACCAGCGGCCAAUCGUUGGAAAACUGGUUCAAGACCGCCCGCCUCACCCAAGAUAGGCCCCCGGACGUAAAGAAUAUUCCGGCUCGGCCAGUCAUUCUCAUUACGACGGGAAAGGGUGGUUCAAUGAAAACCUUUGGUUCUGUGAAGAGGGUCCACGCUGUCCAACCUUUCGCACGAUGCCGUUUGUUCAGCCUUGACCCCGCCUUCACCAUCACGUUGCAAGACCCGGAGGACGUCACGCUUCUCCAAGGCAGACUCAAGACAACGUCAUCUGAGGUUCACUUGAAUGGCGUGACCCUCAACAUCGCUCCUGAGUAUUCUCCUGCCAUGUUCGGCAAGCUCAUCAAUGAGUCCUCUUCAGCAACCCACGAUCACAUCCUGACUGCGCUGUCAGGUUCGAAGAGGAUAGAGGCACUCAUGGAGGUUGACAACAAAAUCAUUGCUAGCUUGAACUACUGGCAGAGAUUCUUCAUGCUGAGGCACAGCCCGAGCAUCGCCUGGCACCCUCAAGAUCACGCUCGCACCCAAGGCUCGUCCUUUUGGUGGUUUGCGCAGAACCGAAACUUCCGUUGCGCACAGGCCUGGCACCCCGAAGAAGAAAAGACUGUUUGGAACAAGGCCGACACGUUCGCAUACGGAUUGCUUACCGCCGAAGUCAGCCUUCCAUUGCCACCAUGGCUCGUCGGUGCUGAAGGCCACCCGAACCUCUCGCCAAACCAGGUCCAACAGAAUGGAGAAGAAGUGAUGCCGUUCUUCAUCGACAGAUACUCCUUCGAGACCGUCAUGAUGAUCUUCACCAUUCAACUAAGGCUCGUCCAUUACUCCAACGAGCUUGUCGAGCCCGUAGAGGGUACCAUGGUGAAAAUCACCAGAGAAGGUGGGAAGGAGGAAGACUUGAGCCAAAUGCUUGCGAGUUUAAUCGCCUCACAGGAAUACGAGACGUUUACCUUCCGUCCUUACGCCGGUAUCGUUGAUAGGCGGGUCAAGCUUAUCGAAAGCUCGUUAGGCCAUUGGAUGGUACGAGUGUCGGGAAUCAACGAACAAGAUCCUCUCGGCGACGCAACGCGCCAUGCGAAGUUCAUCGAGUAUUUUAGGCAAUACGCGAUGAACGUUCGAAUGGACAAGGAGCAAAGGGCAAAUUUCGCCGGCACGAUCACGGAAUUACGCAAGCACGUCUUCGAGAUCAUGGACGUCAUCGUUACAAGCGCGAGCAAUGCCGGAGAUGAAAAGCUCUAUGAGAUGCAUUCCAGCAUCUGUAAGGUGGUUUCGACCACCUUCUACGACGGGAAGAUCCGAACUGCGCCAGGAACCGACGACAAUCCACUCAGUCAGACGUUCCGCGAAUACAUGCAAGAACAUUUCAAGCUACCGCGAAAUGCGGCUCUCCUCAAUUGCGUCGAAAGCGUCGCUGAGUGCGACGCCCACAGCAGCGUGUUCAACAACACGCAUGUUAGACUGGUUGGCCACCUGGUCCGCGGCCUCAUGGAGCGCGGUGUUGAACCAUCAUCGAUCGCCAUUUUGACUCCAAACAAUGCUCAAUUUUCUCAAUACCGCCAGGCGCUCACUGGCCUUCAGGCCAUGUACCCUCUCGCCGACAUGCGGGAAAUCGCGCUGGGAAAGAUCGACGCCUAUCAAGGCCGCCAGGCCGACAUCGUGAUCGUGAACCUUCCUAACCACGAUAGCAUGGGCUUCUUGGAUGACCCCACCCGCUUGAACGUCGGCCUCUCUCGGGCAAAGCGUGGUCUGGUCGUUGUGGCGAACACUUCAGUGGUCACGAAGAAGAGCGCUAUCCAUGACAUCAAGGACGGGGUAGCCAUGACCAUCGGCCCUCCUGGCAACGGAAAGUCUCGGACAGACGCCGCCAUCGCUGUUGCAGCUGCGUUGCUUGGCGGCAAGGUGAAGGUCGUAGCGCCAACUGACGGAGCUGCCAGAAGUUUCCUCGCCACGCUCUACAAAACCGCAACGAGUCAUGGCGUCCUCGGCGACUUCAUAUCCCUAUGCCGUGCCAACAUUGGCAUGGUGGAAAAGUCCAUCCUCUCCACCCGUGAUGAGGAAGAUAACGAACCAUCGGGAAUAUCACACAUCGACGGGAAUGAGGCAAUGCUGCUCUACGGCAGCAACCGGCUUUCCACCAGUGCCCAGCGAAACUCCCUGGACCACAGAUUCUCGCUAGCCCAGACAGCGAUCAGAUGGGCUAGAGACAAUCGUGAGAACGAGGUGGCAGACCGCUUUUUGGAGCUGCGAGCCGAACGAGUUCAGACAGAUCCUGAGUCUGGUAACAGCUGGAAAGGCAAGCAGGAGUUCGAUCAGAAGUUCAGGCAGACUGUGGGCGUUGCUUUGAACGAGACAGAUAUCCUCAUCACAACUCCCGAAGGCGUAAAUAGCGCCAAAGUUCGACACUACGGCGCCACGUACCUUAUCAACGAGGAAGCUGGCGCUACCUCCGUCCCGCAAUUCUUGAGAGCGAUCACUGCGCAAGACAAAAUCAGUACAAUCGUUCUUGCGGGUGAUCCUCAUCAACUCCCUCCCACCUGCAUGGUAGCAAGUCAGAGAGAGUCCAAGUUCGCAGCCUGGGACGUGUCGUCCAUCCUCACAUACGCGGAAAAAGUCCUCAGCCGCCGCGCUCUCAUCCUCAUCACGCAAUACCGUGCCAACCCUGGUUGCACGGAGUUCGUUGAGAAGGAAGUGUACAAGACAAGACUCACUAGCGCCUACCACUGUGAAGAUGAGGACCUGCUCAGCGGCCUGGAGAACUUCUUCACAACAGGACCCUACCACGAGGCACUCUGCAACCAGCGCAGCAAAACGCUGCGCUUCUCCGUCAACUCAACAUCCCAGAGAGCUCCAGGAGAGAUAUCGCUUGUAAAUCUAGGAUCACAGGCCCGGUUGAUGCAAUCCCUCUUUGAGCUUCUCUCGCACACGCCCGCUCAAGGCCGGAAGGGGACUUCAGACGAUGUUGUCAUUUUGACAGCAUAUACAAACGACAAGUACGCGUGGACGGGCAUGCGGCGUGAGUACAUUGAAUACAAAGGGGGUACGAGCAGCUUUUUCGACGUGAGAAUGCGCACCAUCGACGGUUAUCAAGGCCAAGAAAAGCCCAUCGUCAUCUACCACACCGUAAAAUCGAACACUGAUCGUGGCUCGGUUACAUUUGUCGGAGACGCGAAUGGGCUGGCGAUGGCGAUCACAGGCGUGAUUUCCAUUCUGAACACGACAAGUUGUCACUCUUCCGCAACUACUUGUCGUACCUGCAGGACAAAGAGGCUUUUCGGGUUUGCUGAAACAGGCAUUUCUUCCAAGGAGACUAUUCAGAAAGGAUAG